GCAUCUGAAUGAUACUAGCCAACUCCAAGCCGUGCAGGGGCCCGCCAGUGAUCCACCACUGUGAUAAAUAAUACGCCCGGAACCGAGCACACCUGCAGCGGAUAUGCCUAGAUGUUCAUGGGAUGCCUCAUACACAGCGGCGCCUGGUGAUAGCAUGAAACAUGCAGGCCCUGUAAAACAGCCACGUAGACGCCAGGAAGCCUUAGUUACGUGGACGUGGCCCCUGAUACCCCAUACAUACCUGCUGUUGCAGCCAAACCACGCGAACGCUAUUUCAGCUGGGAGAAUAGAGACUCAGCCCCUUGUCAGUGAAUUCGGUUCGUUCGAGACAGGCUGCACACCAAGCUUGCGGCAUACUCUGGAAGAUUGCAACUGGAUUCGCUCUACGGGCCUGCUGCAGCUUAAACGAGGACGCUCGUUGAUAAGUGACGUUGUCACCUAGCGGCGCAAUCAUCUCACAUGGUACUGCUAUGGAGCACGGGAUGGCGUUUGAUAUAACGAACAGACGUUGGCUGGGCCGGAGAGCCUCGGAACCAAAUCGAAUCAGGUGAUAAGAAGUCGAGGUAGCUGUAGGUCGUAACGAACAUCAGUCGAAGGG